AUGUCGUCAACGAACACAACCUUGGAUCACAGUACUGAUGAUGUUAUUGCCGGAGCAACUAUUUCUGUGGUUCUAACCAUUGGCUUCAUCCUAAUUGUUACCGUACUCAUUGGCUGCCACCGUAUUCCUGCGAUGCGUGGAUCCUUCGGAAUCCUCACCGCGAAUCAGAACUUUUCUCAACUAAUCGCUUGUGUCUCCACUUUUGUUUUCUAUACCUUUGGACUUGCUUUCGAUUUCACAGUCUUGGUUGAUAAUUCCAGCUACUUUGGAAACUGUUCAGCUCUGAUUCUCAGCGUGAUCACUACAAACUUCUUACUGAUAUCCUUGAACAGGACAUGUGCUAUAUGUUUCCCUAUCUAUUAUAAGCUGUUCUUCAGUCAUAACAUGGUGUUGCUUCUUGUGGCGAUCUGUUGGAUCAUUCCAGGCGGUAUUUCGUUUUACUACAUUUUUGGAUUAAAUUGCCGACUCUCCUACACUCAUUUCGGAUGGCUCUUCACCUCUGACCUCACUAUUGAAACCUGUGGGCCAAAGUUCAGAAGCUUUCUCCUAUCAUCCCAAUCCGCCCUCUCAUUCAUGAUUCUAGCUGCCGAUAUCGCAACAUUGGCUCUUCUUAUAAUGAAGCGGAACGGUUUGGGUUCAAUGAGUAAAGAAGCGAAACGAACGGAGAAGAACUUUGCUCUUCAAGUUUUGCUACAAGGAGUUGUGUUCAAUUUACACACAAUUUGGAUAUCAAAUGCAUUUAAAUGGCUGCCCGGGGACUCUACCGAAUGGAAAUUGUUCUUUACUUCCACUUUCUCUUCCAACCUACUCAUGAUUUUUGAUCCAGCCGUCAUUAUAAUCUUCAACCGCGAAUUCCGUAACUGGGUGUUCAACGCCCGCUCCACCGUAUUCGUCGCAACAAUCAGUGCUUCUGCAGGUGCACGUAGUCCAAACGCAUCACCAAAACCCAUAAAUUCGUUCAUGGUUGUUAGUUCAGUAUCAAGAUAA